CUUUUCCAGAUAAUGAAUGAUCUGUUAACGGUAAGCACAGAAACACUGACCUACCGGUAUAGACUCGGACCAAAAUGUUGUCCAUCUUUCUAACAGUAACCUGCUUCUUUUUCAUGGGGUUUGGACAUCCCGGCUAUCGUUUAAAGAUUCCAAAUGGAAUAAAUGUUCCAAACCCUUGUACCAAUGUAUUCGGACUGUGGAAUGCAGUCGGCCAUACCAUAGAGAUUGGAGGAGGGUCACUCAAUCCGUUUGGUAAGGAUUUUAUGGAAACUAAUGGGACUUGGACACAGGAGCUAUGCAUGAAGGAUUCGGAUUCAGAUGGGAAAAUCAAUGGCCUUGAACUUGGGGACUUUAACUGUACGUGGUUUGAAGGACAGCCGCCCAUGGGGGAUCCAACAGGUCACCCAGGAAUAUGCGAGCCUAUGGACGACCCCAAGUGCAUUGAAAUCAACAAAGACAUAUCAUGCCUAUUUUAGAUUCAAAUAUAGGUACCGGUCUACACAUUCAAUAGAGGAAUUGUUUAUUUCAUGUUGCAGACAGAAUUGUUAGUAUCCCUAAUUUGUUUUCAGAAAUAAAACUACAAUAUAUGUGUGUAGUAUUGAUACAUGUAAUCAUGAUCUUCAAAUAAAUCUGUGAUCCUUCCUUA